CUAACCCUUUUCCCAAACUCCCCAUUUUUUAAUAAUUCAUUCAUGCUUCCACUGUAGAUGCUCUAAGCCGUAUACUUUGAUCUAACAAUUGAAAAAUGGGGCGCCAAGGCAAAGCGGAUAUGGGAUCCAUCUCCAUUGCUUGCUUACUUUUCCUUUACUGCUCGUACCAAUUCGCCUCUGUCUACGGGGCGGAACCCGGAAUGAGCUCGACCCGUGUUGUCUUUCAGACAAACUACGGGGAUAUUGAAUUUGGGUUUUUCCCUACUGUCGCCCCAAAAACAGUAGAGCACAUCUUCAAACUUGUCCGCCUGGGUUGCUUCAAUACCAAUCACUUCUUCCGGGUAGAUAAGGGGUUUGUUGCACAGGUGGCAGAUGUUGUUGGAGGAAGAACUGUGGCUUUGAAUGAAGAACAGCGGGAAAUAGCCGAAAUGACCAUUAAAGGAGAGUUCAGUGAUGUCAAGCAUGUAAGAGGAAUUCUUUCUAUGGGAAGAUAUUCUGAUCCUGAUAGCGCAUCCUCAUCAUUUUCUAUGCUUCUUGGAGAUGCGCCUCACCUUGAUGGCCAAUAUGCAGUGUUCGGAAAAGUCACUAAGGGGGAUGAAACAUUGAGAAAGCUUGAACAGAUACCAACUCGACGUGAAGGGAUCUUUGUAAUGCCAACAGAGCGCAUCACAAUUCUCUCAACAUACUACUAUGAUACUGAGAUGGAAUCUUGUGAGCAAGAGAGGUCCUUGUUGAGAAGAAAACUUGCUGCCUCAGCUGUUGAAAUUGAAAGACAGAGAAUGAAAUGUUUUCCUUAAUGCAGUGGAUGGUGAGGUCAGGCAUUGAACCAGUUUCACUCAUUUCCAUGUGUUUUUGAAUAUAAUUAUCUGCCUUGAAUAUAUCAAGCACUUCUGUUCUCAUCCUCUACUUGUGAAUGAUCUCAACCUAACCAUUCUGGCAUUGUCCAAGGGCUUAUAUGAAACCUCAGCUGUAUAACCAUCAUCUACAAUAUGUAUUCAGUACUGCAAAUACUGUCUCCAUAUUUCUGUAUUAAUUAUCAGUGUCCUAGACUUUCAGUACUGCAAAAUCUGGUGUGCACCAGAUGCUUAAUGUGUAGGGAGUAGGGACUUGUUUUAAAUGUAGCCCCAUACGUACUUGAGGGCAGCUCAUAUUUCCCAUAUAUUUAAUGUGUUCAAAUGCAGUCCAAUAUCAUCA